UCUCUCUCUCUCUCUCUCCCAUAUUUGUAUUUGUAUGUUGGCUGCGGUAAUAUAUUCCUAUUUUUAGCUUCAAACCAUUAUAUAUAUUCCUAUUUUUAUGUUGGCUGUUUGUAUGUCUGAAACCAUUUUGCACAAGGAAUGGUUUCAGACAGUUGUCUUACAAAACCAUUCGAUGUACAUAAUUGUUUUCAUUGGAACUGCAUGCAUACAUAGACUAUAGGAUCAUGAUGAAGAAGAUGAUGCUAAUUAUGAUGAUACUAAUUAUUUUGCAGAUUAAUUAUAUGGAGAAAAUGGGGAAGAGAAGCCCAUUCCUUACAGGAAAAUACAAGCAGCCAUCGCUUCGUGAUUGGGAUGUCAAGUCGGCAAACCAAGACCUUCAGAAGGUGCAUGAGCUUAUGGGACUGGAUAAAGGAUUGACAGUUGAGGUCAAAAGACUGCAGAGCACCGAUGAUGGUCUGCUUGUAAUGUGUUUUGAUGCAGAUACAUGUCCACUAUCUAAGGCAUAGGAGCAUCUAAAUUAUUGUAGGGGUUGCAUACGGGUCUACAAUAGAACCGCAGAAACCUUGCAGAGGAGAAUAGCUGAGGCAAAUGCUUCUACUUCUGCAAAAAAAUGACCUAGUUUCAGCAGAAACAAACACAUCGAAUGAACCUGAAACUGAGGAGAAUAAGACUUCAAGUACUGAAAAGUCUACGAAAAAUGAUGCAGUUUCAGAAGAACCAAGCACAACCAAGGAAGCUGAAAAAUCUGCGAAAAAUGAAAAGUCUGCAAAAAAUGAUGCAGUUUCAGAAGAACCAAGCACAACCAAGGAAGCUGAAACUAAGGAGAAUAAGAGUUCAGGUACUCAGAAGGGGGUGGAAGUACCUGAAACUGAUGAUGUGAGCUCUUUUAGUGAUGGAACAGAUCUAAAAGCAUAUAAGCAUGAAAAAGUAGUUGAGAUUAUGUUGAAUAAAGAUGAUGAUGCCAAAAGCAAUGAUGAAAAUGUUGAUGAUGAAGAAGUUGAGAUUGAUGCGAAGAUCAUUGAUGAUUCAGUUAAGGCAGCAUGCAAUGUGGGAAUGACAUUGACACAGGACACUAUCUUGAAGUUUCCAGAGUUUUUUGAAGCUUCGAAUGCAGGGUAAAAAAUGAUUAUAUAUGAUGUGUUUUAAUGGUUUUUUAUUUAUGAUGUGUAAAACUAUAAUAACAAACUAAUGGUUUAAAAAAUCCAUCUUAAACCAUAACUUUUAAAGUGUUUAUCAAUGGUUUUGAUAUGUGAUGUCUGAAAACUAAAAUGUUUUUUAAUGGUUUCAGGUUCAAUACAAAUGAUUCAGAGAAUCCAGCUUCAGCGACACAGGAAACAAUCUUGAAGUUCCCUGAGAUUUUUGAUAAUGAUUCAACGAAGAAAGAAUGCAAUCAAAGUCUUGCACUUCUGUUGGUACCAGAUGUGACGGAUGGGGA